AAUACAUGUAAACUUCAUAUGGUUUGUAAUGGCAAUGGAGAAAACGUCGCCGUUGCAGGGCUUAGAGGCAGAGGAAUUUCAAGAACUUGAACCUCUCAUUCAAAGUUACCACAAAUUUGAGGCUUCUCCCAACACAACCACUUCCCUUAUUACCCAACGCAUCGACGCUCCUCUCCACGCCGUGUGGCCCUUCGUUCGGAGCUUCGAUAAUCCUCAGAAGUACAAACACUUCGUCAAAAGCUGCAAUAUGUCAGCUGGCGACGGCGGGGUCGGCAGUAUCAGAGAGGUGACGGUGGUCUCCGGCCUGCCGGCGUCCACCAGCACGGAGAGGCUAGAGAUUUUGGACGAGGAGAAGCAUAUUUUGAGCUUCAGGGUGGUCGGAGGUGAGCACCGGCUGAACAAUUACCGAUCAGUGACGUCGGUGAACGAGUUCAACAAAGACGGCAAAAUUUACACCGUGGUUUUGGAGUCUUACAUCGUCGACAUACCGGAGGGGAACACCGGCGAGGACACCAAAAUGUUUGUCGACACUGUCAUUAAGUUGAAUCUUCAAAAACUUGCUGGGGCUGCCAUCGCCUCUCUGCAUGGACAUGAAUAGGGCGGCGGCGACUGCGCCGGGGACCCUGCCGGCGUAGAUUAGUGGUAGGUCGGUAUGUUUUUUUUUGCAAGUUGAAGGUGAUUUUUCGCUUGUUCUAAUUUAAUUUAUUGGAUUAGUUGGGAAAAGAGAUAAUUAAUAUGAUUCUGAUUAUAUAUUGGACA